AUGGCUUCCCGCAAACCAGACUUCCACCUCUUGAUGCCCGCCGCCAGCCAGCCGGAUCUCCAGUUCCAGUCACGCAGCCCCAUCCGCAGCCCUCGAUUCCACGAGGACUUUGACGCCCCCUUCUCCGAGUCUUUCCUGGACCCUCCACCUCCCAAGACGUCCUACUUUGUGGAGAGCAAAGACAAGGUUCCGCCGCCGCCUCAGCGAAGCUACGACGAUAGCUGGGUGCAAUUGCCCAAGCGCCGGGCGAGCGUCAACGACAAGGUACUGCAAUGGGCCAAGCGGUCGUUGACCAUUAAACGACAGCGUCCUUCACGCCCUGGCGAAGGCUUUUCUGAUUUACGACCGCCCCCGAGUAGGGCCUCCAGGAGGAUGAGCACCUUGCCAAUGGAGACAGGAUACGGCAAACGCAACAAUCACACUCAGCCUUCGACCAUCAUCACUGUGGCCGAAAUUCCCAAGCCGACUUAA